AGCUCGUAUAAAUAGGCAAGAAUUUGACCACAAACGGUAUCAGUUUCAAUUGAGCAUUCCUGUAGUGCAGCACACAUCCAUUCCAAAACAUCACAACCAUGUGCAAGCUAGCGUUGGUCGUCCUGGCAUUGGCUGGUGCUGCCUUAGCCUACGAACAUCACGGAUUCGUCAGCGAAGUCAAGCACAUCCCGUACAAAUACUACGGUGGAGAGGAGGGUGGUAUUGGAGGUGGAAUCGGAGGUGGAAUCGGCGGAGGACUCGAGGGUGGCUACGAGGGCAAGGACUACUAUGCCUACCCGAAGUACAAGUUCGAGUACGGAGUUAAGGACUACCAUACCGGCGAUCACAAGAGCCAGUGGGAAGUUCGGGACGGUGAUGUCGUGAAGGGAGAGUACACUCUGGAUGAGCCGGACGGUUCCACCCGCAUCGUGAAGUACCACGCCGAUAGCAAGAACGGAUUCGAGGCUGUCGUCAAGAACAUCGGCAAGGGUGGACUGGAGCAGGAAAGUGGAUCGAUCGGCGGAGGACAGGGUGGAAUUGGUGGAGGAUAUGGACAUGGUUAUAGCUACAGCAAGCUGAAGAAGUUCAACUAAAUGAACCAGGUUGAAAGGUUAAUGAAGAAGCGGCACUGGAAGAGUAGUCUAAUGUACAGGAAAUAAAUAAUAUGCAAGCAA